CACGAUCUGCACAUAGCAUCACAUCCUAGCAGCGCAGAUCACAACACUCACCGGACGCCCUCCACACUUGCAAUCUAUCUUGCGUUGGUGGUUCACGAAUAUGCAACAUCGACUGACACCGAUGCGAUACCAGGUCUGUCCGCGGGCACAACCGCUGUGGCCAUGGGCGCUCCAGGUCUGGACGACUGCAUGAUAUCGACGCGUGAUGACGACGACCGCUUCGCCCCUCCUUCCUCGGCGCAACUGGUCCCCUCGAAACGCGCAAGCAAGUCCCGCGCACCCACCUCGCCUACGGCGGGCCGCUCCAGCCAGACGGACCUUCUUCGACCCUUGGAACAGCAGCUUGACUGGGCACCAACGCGCCGAGAACCGGCUGUCGGGGUCGACAUCCUGGCGCGCAUCGCGUAGUCUGAAGCUGGGUGAGCAAUACAAAGGCGGCUUGACUGGUGGUGGGAAGCGAGUCGCAGACACCGUCGGAGCUGGCAGUGAGGACUUUGGCAAGGAUGGCAGGAAGGAGAAUGGAGACUGGGAGAGGGGUGCCAAAGGUUUCAGAGUGGGUGGUCAAAAGAGCCUACCAGAGGUUUGGAGCAUCAGCAAGGCUGGCAAAACACCCGUUUUAGAGAAGGGUGAUUUGCAGGAACAGCAUGGCCUCAAAGAGUCUCCUGAAUCUGGUUCAGACAUCUAUGAUGAUACCCUUCAGCCACCAUUGGUGCACCAGGAGAAGCACAUAUUCCAAGGGUUGUGCUUCUAUAUAAAUGGCUCGACAGCCCCUUUGGUCUCCGAUCAUAAACUCAAGCACUUGUUGUCAGUGCAUGGUGCCAGGCACUCAAUUGCACUAGGGAGGAGGACUGUCACACACGUCAUCCUAGGUACAAUCAGUGCGGAGGGGGGCUGCGGUGGUGGCCUGGCUGCCACCAAGUUACAAAGAGAGGUUACAAGAACUGGCGGGAAGAGUGUGAGGUACAUAACAGCAGAGUGGGUCCUUGAGUCCAUCAAAGCAGGCCGCCGCCUCCCUGAGUUACGCUUCGCGCCACUCAAGCUUGCGCAGAUAUCCCAGGGCAGUGUCUUCGGCAUGCUGAAGCGCCGCAACGCCACGGCGUACGAAUGAAGUUGAGCAGUCGCUCUGCACAGCAAGUUAAGCGACGACGGUGUUGCCGGUUGACAGACUUCUAUGCAGCGUGCAUGCUUAGCUCGAGGCCCUGAGCAUACUACUCUAGUCUUUCCCUGAAGCUUAUCCAUCUGCACACCACCGCAUACCCGCUACGCCUUCACCUGACCGCCCACUAAGACACCACUCAAAACUUCGAAACCUUCUAUA